CUGGAAACCACAGUACCAGGUCGGUUUAAAGGUGAUGUGUUGUUAAAUUUUUGGUGGCAAGAUGUCCGGACACGAUCAGCUCGUCUUCUGUUUAUCUGAAAUAAUACGGUUGCUUUGGAAGUUGCUGCUGCCUCUGCUCUUUCUGUGUUUGCUGCUCAUUGCUAUUCUCUUCCUACUGGUCCUGGGAGUACGCUUGUGGCUGCACAGAGGCAGGGAAUCCCGGCGAGCCAGAGACCGCCGUCCUGCAGUCGCCUUUUUCCAUCCAUACUGCAAUGCUGGUGGUGGAGGAGAGAGAGUGCUCUGGUGUGCUAUUAGAGCGCUGCAGAAUAGGUACCCAAAUAUCAACUUUGUGGUCUACACCGGGGACUUAGGUGUGACAGGCCAGCAGAUUUUGGAAGGGGCACGACGUCGUUUCAACAUUGUACUUCCCCGGCCGGUUCAGUUUGUUUUCCUGCAGCAUCGGCUGCUGGUGGAGCCCACCCUGUUUCCACACUUCACCUUGCUUGGACAGAGUGUGGGCUCCAUCUUCCUGGGAUGGGAGGCACUGACGGAGUUUGUUCCGGACCUUUACAUCGACUCCAUGGGCUAUGCCUUCACACUGCCCCUGUUUCGUUACCUGGGAGGCUGCAGCGUGGGAAGCUAUGUUCACUAUCCUACCAUCAGCACCGAUAUGCUCUCUGUGGUGAGAGAGAGGAACCCCAGAUUUAACAACGCUGACUACGUGUCCAACAGUCUAUUCCUGAGUGCCUUUAAGCUGGUCUAUUACUGCCUCUUCGCCCUGCUCUACGGCAUGGCCGGCUCCUGCAGUGACCUCAUCAUGGUCAACUCCUCCUGGACCCUGGAUCACAUCUUGUCUCUGUGGCGCGCCCCUAACCGUACCAGUGUGGUCUACCCACCCUGUGAUGUCAGUGGGUUUUUAGACAUUCCUAUUGAAGAGGAUGGUGACAAGAAGUGCCACUCUAUCAUUUCUGUUGGGCAGUUCAGGCCUGAGAAGGACCACCAGCUUCAGAUCAGAGCUUUCAAGAAAGUGUUAGACCGUAGAAGGGAGGGGGCAGGAGGCAGGGAGGCACUGAAGCUGGUUUUGAUCGGCGGCUGCAGGAACCAGGAGGAUGAGGAUAGGGUACUCAUGUUGAGAGGGCUGUGUCAGCAGCUGGGCGUGGCCGACAGAGUACAGUUUAAACUAAAUGUAUCCUUCGAGGAGCUGAAGAAGGAGAUGAGGGAGGCCACCAUCGGACUGCACACCAUGUGGAAUGAGCACUUUGGGAUAGGAGUUGUGGAGUGUAUGGCAGCAGGAAAGAUCAUCCUGGCCCACAAGUCUGGCGGUCCCAAGUUGGACAUAGUGGUACCUUUUGAAGGAGGACAGACAGGUUUCUUGGCUGACGAUGAGGAUAGUUAUGCAGAAGCCAUAGAGAGGAUCUUGGUUCUUCCUCCGGCCAGUCGGCUGCAGAUCAGACAAAAUGCCCGUCAGUCUGUCGCUCGCUUCUCAGAUCAGGAAUUUGAUGCCUGUUUCCUGGCUGCUAUGGAGCCUCUGAUGGGGACGCUUGAAUGAUGAAAAAGGGCUUGGUCACACAUGCUGGGACUACUGUAUACUAAUGAAAACACACUGUACAUACUGAAAACUGAAAGCAGGCAGUAUAACCUGACAUGUAAGCUGUAAAGAUAUAUCAGAGCAUGUACAGAAUAUGAGUUUGAUUAGAGACCUGUUUAUUUCUGAAAAUUGUGUUUACAGUUCUACUUUCACAUUAUUCUGUUAGUUUAAGUAUAAAAGGGUUUGGUAUAUUUAAAGCAGAUGACUGGAAGACAGGGUCUUAUAGAUACUUCUCUAAUACCAUAACUGAAAGACCAGAGAAAAUUCUCUACAUUCCCAAAAAUGUGAAGUAUUUUUUUAUACUGCAGAUAAAUGUACUAAAGUAAUAAAUGUAUAAUGGGAAAGAGGA